ACAAAAGGCAUCUUAGUUCUCGAUUCUCGGUAUCUCUAAUCAGAUCCUACUCCCCACUUGCUCCAUCCAACGGCCCACAUUCUCCCUCAUUUCUCCAUAUAUUUUUCUCCUCUCAUUCGCCAUAACUUCAUACUCCUGCAAAAAAGAAAAUCUACAAACAAUAAAAUCAUGAACACGUUGGAAUCUCCUCUUGAAGCUCUAGCCUUUAAUUACGUCAGGUUCGGGAUUUUCACUGUAGUGAACAAUCUCUGGACGUGGGUCGCCGUAAUAACCGCCGCCGUUAGCUUCUGGAGGAUCAAAACGCAAGUGAAGCCGGCCCUGCAACCUCGUAAUGAUCGAAACAAAAGUGGGUCUCAACCGGUUCUUGAAAUCUCACCGGAUGAGUCGUGCGCGCGCGUUGAGCCUGCAGCUUCAGCUUCAGCUCCAGCUCCAGCUCCAGCUCCAGCUACAGCUACAGCCAGUCCUUCAGUUUGCGACGUUAAAGAUGUGGACGGGGUGACGAAAGGAAAGUUUACUUUGUAUUAUUGUGAGGAGGAGAAGGAAGUUGAGGGUAAGAUAACGACAGUUAAAGUGUGGCAGGAUAAUUUUAGCGACGGUGAGUGUGGAGAGUGGUGGGAGAGAAUGACGAGAGUGAGAAGGGGUGAGAUGGGAUGGUACGUUUACCAGGAUUUGACGGUGGUUAACGGCAACAUUGUUAGGUUAUGGGAUGAGGGUAGGAGGAGAGAAAAGUAGUACAGCUCAUGCUGUGUUGUUGGGUAGUUAGGGAAUUAAUGUGUUUAAACUUUAAACUUUUUGGAUUAAGGUUGUUAAUUGUAUAUAUGUUGUUGGGUAGAACAACCGUUUAAUGGAAAACGCAAUGUUUAAUGUUGAUUGUUGCAUAUUCAGCUUUCUCUACCUUCAUCUUUGAUCUAAUCAAUAUCCA